CUGCUCAGUUCACUGCACUCUUUCUUUUCUCACUCACGGGCCUCACUUCCACCUCACCUUCCCUACCUCGAGUUGGCCUCCACCUCCCCCAUAUUUUUCUCACUCACGCAUUCAAGUACCUACUUGUAUCCACGCCUCGUCGUCACUCUUUCUUCCAGUAUUUCAUCCUUCUCCCAUUCCUCCUCAAUGUCCAUGUCAUAAUCUCCUCCCUCCUCGUCCUUGUUUGUCCUUGGUUUUCGGGUUACCUUGAGUGGUUUGCCCACUCUUACAGUCGUUAUUGUCCGCACAUCCACCAGAGGACCUCAUUGAUUGAGAGUCGCUGGUUCACCUGCUACCAUGGAGCCGAGUUCAUUUUUUCGUCUCUUCGUAGCCUACUUCAUCUGGCGUUAUCUCCGGCUCGUAGUCAAUCUAUGGCUAUUCUGGACUUUCAAGCCGAUCCCCAUUCCAGACAACCCGACCCUCUCCUCCAAAGAUGUCACCGUCAUCUUACCUACUCUGGAUGGUGAGGGAGCAGAGUUGGAGAGGACCAUUGGCUCGAUCUUGAGGACGGAACCGAAAGAACUCAUCCUGGUGACCAUUGACGAGAAUCUGCACAAGGCAGAAAAGACCGUGUUCGAGAUGCCGGCGAAACUUCAUGGCAGGAUUCGUUGUAUGUCGGUGAAACAGGCAAACAAGAGACGUCAAAUGGCCAGGGCGAUCCCCGAAGUCACCACCGAGAUCAUCGUUUUUGCGGAUGACGAUGUCACGUGGCCUUCUCAGCUCCUCAAUUGGAUGUUGGCACCCUUCGAGAUCAAGGACAAAAAGUACGGCGCGGUGGUCACCUGCCAACGACUGAGACGUGCUGAGAACCCGACCCUGUCAGAACGCAUCUAUGGCUUCUUGGGUGCCCUGUACCUGGAACGUCGGAAUUUUGACUGUGCUGCCACCGUUCACGUGGAUGGAGGAUUGCCGUGUAUUUCGGGACGUACCUGUGCUUACCGUACCGACAUCCUCCAGGAUAAGAACUUCACCAAUGGCUUUACCAAUGAAAAAUGGUGGUUCGGACAAUAUCAGCUCAAUGCCGACGACGACAAUUUCCUCUCUCGUUGGAUGGUCUCCCAUGGGCACGGGGUUUACAUGCAGUAUCACCCCCAAUGCGAGGUCUUGACCACUCUCGAAAACAACCCGAAAUUCUUGAAACAGUGUCUGAGGUGGGCACGCAGCAACUGGCGGAGUAAUCUGACCAGUAUGUUUGCUGAAGGGUACAUCUGGAGCAAACAACCUUACAGCACAUAUGCAGUACAAAUCACCACCCUGAUGCCGCCUGCAAUCAUAGGCGAUGCUCUCCUCUGGUUUUUUUUGUGGAAGGGCACCGCUGACUGGACCCGCAAUCAAGCGUUGCCGGUCUACUACUUCCUGCUGGCCUGGAUGGUCUUCUCCAAAUUCAUCAAGCUAAUCACGCACUUCAUCCGCUUUCCCGUCGAUGUCCUCUUGUGGCCCAUCUCUGUCCUGUUCGGUUGGUUCCAUGGAGGGAUCAAAUUGUAUGCGUUCAUCACUCUCGGCGAGACUACAUGGGGCAGUCGAGCCAAUGCGGACGCCAGCGAUUCCACGAGAAUGAUCAAGCAAAAGCGACCACGACCUGCCUCCCAUUACGCCCCAGCAGAGGAGAAACUACUCGAGAAGCCGCUACUCUCUGAUGACGAUAUGAAAGUCGAUGCCGAUUACGACCUGAAACAUCACCAAGCACUCUCCGCUUAAUUGACGUCUCUCCGCGAAACGACUCCUCCGGAGGCAAACCCAGGACGGUUUUCUUUUCUACCUUCGAUGCAGUUCUUUUUCUUUUAUUCAAAAAGCGAUACUCUCCUUGACUACGACAAAAUGGCGGCGCAAAAGCCAGAACGAAAUGGGUGACAAAAGGAUGGUGGGAGGUUUUCUCUUCGAUCUUGCCGUAGCCUUUCGGCUCGAGCACACUCAAAAGCUCAUUCGAGUUCAAUUUACCACCUCGUCAUCUGACUACGAAGAUGACUCUUAUUGCAACAGGGCCCUAUCCUCGCUUUGAGGGAUAUGAGCAGACACCACUCCAGACACAUGGGUAAUAUUUUCUUCAACCAUGAACAUGGACUCAACUUGCAAGAGUUGAGUGCCUUGUUUCUUCUCUUCUGUUACUUUACACAUUUUCUCUUGCACGCAUAGCAAACUGGAGCUUGGGGCUUUCUUUCAAGGGUGCUGUACAUAGCGAUUGGUUUCUUGCGGGCAUUCGCUGUGCUUGCUCUUUUCACACUUUACGAUGGACAUGAUUUGAUGGACGGAUGGCUGGAAUGAUGAAUUCGAAACGGGACGGAAGGGACAGGACAGGACGGAACGGAACGAAAACGAUCGACGACCGAUCAUUGAUUGAAACGGGAACUUUACGACGACAACGGGAAAUUGAUAUUGCUUGCUUUAGCCCUUUUUUUUCAUUUCUUGCUUACUUGUGUCGUGCUUGCGUGAGUGUGUAUACAGCUCACUUCAGCCACGUUGCACAUGACAGAUUGGUGAGGACAUCUGCUUUGAUCGUGGGGUGGGGAAAGACUCUUAAGACUGCUUCAGACUACUCGGACAGACCAAAGACAGGAACGGGCGCGGCGGUCAUUGUGUGUUCUCUCUUGCAGAUAAAAAUUCCAAGAAUGAUUCAACUCUCG